CACCCUCACAGCAAAGUCACAAAUACACUCACACUCGUCUUCGAAAUAUCUCUCUAACAGCGAUAAUGGCGGAAUCACCGGCGCAGAGUGGUGCGGAGCUGGUUCCUCAGCAAGCUGAAUCGGAUCUGGCAUCUCUCGUAUUCGAAAUGUCACAGCAAGUUCAGAUGGGGAUGGAGAAUAUGCUCAAGUUGGUUAACGAGAUCGAUCAAAACUCUGUUGGAAUAAAGGACGAGAUUGAGAAAUCAAAGGAUUAUGCAAUGGAGAAGAAAAGAGUUCUCGAGGAAGAGAAAGAACAGUUCCAGAAAGCUGCUUACACCAUCCUUGACAUGCUAAGCAACCGAGGCUAGCUAGAUGCGGAGGGGAUGCAUGCUCUAUGGAAAGAAA